AUGUAAAAUUAAUAUUUUGUGAAAGGGUUAGGAUUUGCUUAAAGGCAGGAACCUCAAGAAACCAGAUCAUAUGGGAGAAUAAAAAAGAAUCCAUAUUCUGCUUAUAAUAAUAGAAGUUACAAUUUAAAUUAUCGUGAUCUCAGGAUUUGCAAUGAUCGCUUUAAGAGGUUAAUAUAAAUUGUGAAUAAUGCAAUAAAAAAUUAAGCAGCUACGAUGUUUAAAUAUUUGAGCAUUUAUGUUCAAAAUAAAUAACAAGAAGAAAUCAAAGCAUAGUAAAGAGUGAUAUAGGAAGGCCUGUUACGAUUUCAGCAUGCAAUAUCAUUAUACAAUUAACGGUUGAAAUGUUUGGGCUUUUUCCGUUUGGCAAAAGUUGAUGUGGUAUCUCAUUUGAAGAAAGAGCUAAGAAAGUAAAUAUCCCCAACUUAACAACCAAUUACUCAUCAAAUCUUCAGGAAAUGGAUGCAGCUAACCUUUGAAUCCAAACUCAAUAAGCUAUUAAAAUAACAAAAUUUGAAUAUGAUAAGUUUUUACAAAUUCACUUUAAGUAAAAUCCUAAUAAAGCAAGAGACUUUAAAGGCAUGGAGUUUCAAUAAAUUAAAAACUGUACAUCGAAAAUAAAUCAUAAAUAAAUUAAUAACUAACUUAGGUUUAUAGCAAUUGCGAUUGAACUUGUAUGAUUCAGAAUAAGCAACCUAUCAAUAUCUAAAAUAGCCUUAAAAAUUAGAAACAAUAAUUGCCUUCUAAAAGUUAAAGCAUUUUUAAUAUUUUAAUUCAAAUCAGCAUUAUUUUUUAUUAAUUUUCACGAAUACCAUCAAUAGUAAAUUAAAUGCAUUGAGAACUUUGUUCAUAUCAGCCAUUAAGACACUAGGUCAAGAAGCUAAUCAUACAGUACCUAAAGAGUAAUUACAAUAAUUUGACAUUGAAUUAGCUAGAUAAUCUGUGCACUCUAAAUUGGAGCAUUAAAAAAUGCUACAAAGAUAGCAGAAACAAAUAGAUUAAAAAUCUCACAGAGAAAUUUGUGAAGUAGUGAAAUAUUUAGUCAACAAACAACUCUAUCCUAUAUUUUAUUAAAUAAAAGGAUUGAAAUAGACUUAAGACACAGAAGUUUAGGCUGGAACUGUUAAGAAUUUAAGUGUUAUAGCAGCAAGGCUCAGUUAAAAAAUAAAAGCCAAAAAUGCAAAGUCAUAGAAACUUGAGAUCACAUAUCGUAUAGAAUAGAUCUUUCGUAGAAACUAUCAGAAUGAAUAAGAAAUUCUAAGGAAGAAAUUUAGACAAUGGCAAAUCAAUAUUACUUUUCCUACUUCUAUGUAUCAGGAUUUUGAAAUCAGAUUGAGAGUCCUAAGAAACGAGAAGGAAGCGAUAAUGAAUGACAUUGAACAAUUAGAAAUACUUAAUAAUGAGUUACUUAUGACGAUGAAUUAAGUCAAAAAAACAUUUUUAUCUGAAGAAUCUAAUUUUAACACUUCUCAUAAAAAUGAAUAAAAACAAAUAGAAAUACAGCGAUUCGACAUCUAAGAAAACUUAACCUCAUAAAAAGAAUUUAAGAUAGCUUUUGAAUAUGUGGACUAUUUAAAAGAAGAUAACAUUAAUUUAAAAAAGCAAGUAUAAAAGAAUGAAUAAUUGAUGAUUGAAGAAAUCUAAUAGCUAGAAUAAUAAUUAAAAGAGCUCGAAAAAGAAUUAGAAAAUUGA